AUGUCUCCUGGUGCUGAUGGCAAUUGGAAUCAAGUGACUAGGAAGAAAAGGAUUAAUGUAAAUAGUCGUGGUGAUAGAGAGAAGUCAAAUCCAGUUCGUCCUCAAUCUAAAGUGCAACGAAACCGAGCUAUAAUUGGCAAAGCCAAACAAACUGGACCUCUUGUUGUGGCACAGAGGAAAUCCUGGGUGUUUUUAUCAAGAUUUGACCCAUGUGUGAAACCUGAAAGCCUAGUUGAGUAUAUAAGGAACUUGUGUCCUAUUGAACACUCUCAAAUCCAGUGUGAACAACUUCCCACUAAGUACCAGGGUUACUCAUCUUUUAAGGAAAUAUGUACGUUGGCUAAAGAUAAUGUAGCCCCUGUGUUGCCCACUGAUCUCGAAGCGAGUCGCUUUGUACUGUCUCCUACUUCUGCGUCUGAGGUUCGUGAAGUCGUCUUAUUAAUAGGAUCAAAAAAAAGUUCUGGCAUUGAUGAAGUCCCAUGCAGCCUUCUCAAACUUUGCAAUGAAAACAUCUUUGAAGCAUUGGCCUGCUCUAUUAACAAGUCCUUACUAUGUCUCUUCUACGACAUGACAAAGGCUUUUGAUCUUCUUGACCACAGUAUCCUUCUGGAUAAGCUGCGAGCGCUUGGCAUUUCUGGAAACCCACUGCGAUGGAUUUCAUCGUAUCUUAAAGAUCGGCACAUGAUUGUAUCCUUGAAGCACAGAGGCCCUGACAACAUCCUUCGGACAUAUAAAUCGUCUCCAUCACCAGCUCUGAACAUCGGUGUCCCCCAGGGAUCAAACCUUGGGCCCAUCCUAUUCCUGUUAUACGUGAAUGACUUGCCUGGCUCCAUAUCAUCUGGAAAUUUAUGGCUUUUUGCCGAUGACGCCUGUCACCUAGUCCCAAGCCCAAAUCGGAACAUCACGAUUGAAAACGCCCAAACUGGCUUGCUUGAAAUGUCAACUUGGUGUAGCGAAAAUCAUCUGGUCCUUAAUUCUAGUAAAACUAAAUUAAUGGAAUUUUAUAACAGGAAGAAGCCUGAACCACCUCCGAUAUUGACCUUGGACGGGGUGCUACUUGAAACCUGUAGUGAAACCAAAUAUUUGGGCCUACACAUUACGGAGAACCUUAAUUGGGGAACACAUGUCGAUGCAAUAGCGCCCAGACUGUCAUCUGUCACCUACCUGCUGUUUAGACUUCAAAAGCUGGUUGACAUCGAGAUUCUCCUUAAGGUUUAUUAUGGCUGUUUUCAUAGCAUAAUCUCAUAUGGUUUGGUAUUUUGGGGUGGUUGUAGUGAGGCAAAACGCAUCUUCAUCCUUCAAAAGCGUGCAAUUAGAAGAAUAUGUGGAGUCCAUAGACGGACACACUGUAAACCUUUGUUCCAAGAACUGAACAUCCUCACACUUCCGUCCCUCUUUAUAUUGGAAUCCGCAUUGCUUGUUAAGAAGAACCCCAAUAUUUUUGUAACAAACAGCAUGGUCCACAAUUACAAUACAAGAAGAGCAACAAAUCCACAUGUACCUCAAGUAAAUUCCACCCUUGCAAGCAAGAGCCCUUACUUCAAUAGUAUAAAAAUUUACAAUAAAUUGCCUCAGUACAUCACACAAGAGCCCUCUGUCAACAAAUUCAAGAACCUGCUAAAAACAUUCUUAAGUCAAGUGGCCUACUACAGUGUUGAUGAGAUAUAUGUCUAG